CACAUGCACAGCAUGAGACAUGCAAGCACAGAUACAUUCACACACAGCAUGAAAUACGCAAGCUCAGAAACACACAAACACACACACACACACACACACACACAAACAAACACACACAGUCAGCAUCAGCACUGCUGUAUCAGUAUCACACACACUCCUGUGGGUGUCAAACUCAUUUCAGCAUCUCAGUAAAACACAAAAACUCAAACACGCACACACACACGCACGCAUGCAUUCAUGCACACUCCUCAAGCAGAUCUGUUUUCCACUUUAUAAACAGUUUCAAUGUAGAAAUAAAGAUUUCACUGAAGGAAAGUCUGAAUGAGAAACAAACAUGAUCUGAUCAGUUUAAUUCUGUUCACAUGACACACACACACACACACACACACAUACACACAGGAAGUUCAGCAGUGACUUCCUAUCAGCAGAAGAGUGAAGAGUGACGGCAGGACAGAGGAGAAACAGAAGAUCUUCACUCACAGACGCCGGUAUGCUGGUGAUCAGAUGUGCUCUGGUUCUUGUGUGUGUGUCUCUGGUCGGUUGUGAGAUCAGACGUCUGACCAAUCAAUGGACAACCUGGAAAUCACAACACAACAAGACCUACAGAAACACAAGAGAGGAACGUCUGAGGAGGAGUGUGUGGAAGCAGAAUCUGCAGGACAUUCUCCUCCAUAAUGAAGCGGCGGCUGUCGGUCUGCACUCAUACACACUGGGCCUGAACCAGCUCAGCGAUAUGACUGCAGAUGAAGUCAAUGAUAUGAACGGUUUACUAGAGGAGGAUUUCCCUGAUGUGAACGCCACCUUCAGUCCUCCCUCACUGCAGACGCUUCCACAGAGAGUCAACUGGACAGAGCACGGGAUGGUCAGUCCUGUGCAGAACCAGGGCCCGUGCGGCUCCUGCUGGGCGUUCAGUGCUGUGGGUUCUCUGGAGGCUCAGAUGAAGCGCAGGACCGCAGCUCUGGUUCCUCUGAGCGCUCAGAAUCUGCUGGACUGCAGUGUGAGUUUGGGGAACCGCGGAUGCAAAGGAGGAUUCCUGAGCAGGGCCUUCCUCUACGUCAUCCAGAACCGCGGCAUCGACUCCAGCACGUUCUACCCCUAUGAGCACAAGGAGGGUGUGUGCAGAUACUCGGUGUCGGGAAGAGCCGGAUACUGCACUGGCUUCAGGAUUGUUCCACGCCACAAUGAAGCAGCGCUGCAGAGCGCUGUCGCUAACAUCGGGCCCGUGUCUGUCGGCAUCAACGCUAAACUGUUGUCCUUCCACAGAUACAGAAGCGGCAUCUACAAUGACCCAAAGUGCAGCUCGGCUCUGAUCAAUCAUGCGGUUCUGGUGGUCGGUUACGGCUCAGAGAAUGGACAGGAUUACUGGCUGGUGAAAAACAGCUGGGGGACGGCAUGGGGUGAAAACGGCUAUAUCCGCAUGGCACGAAACAAAAACAUGUGUGGCAUAUCCAGCUUUGGCAUUUAUCCCACCAUCUGAUCUGAUCUGAUCGUCCUGAAUAACUCAUCAUCAGAGUCUGGAAUAUCCUUCUGUAUAUACACUCAUCAGCUUUUACACUCUGCUUUUAAGCGGUUUGCUUUACAGAAUCACUUCAGAAUCACGUCUGCCCUGUCAACAAUAUCUGCUCAUGUUAUUUAGUGUUUAUUAGCGGUGGUGAACUGCAUUAUAGGAUGUUGAUCUCUGCUCAUAAAUAACAUCUAGAGGAAUGAGAGUGUAGAACAGCAGUGAAUGUGCUGCAGUUUAUUACAAGGUGCAUUACAGCACUGCACACUAUUACACAUGACAAUAAGUCACUUUUUCAGACUUUACAAGGUUAAACGUUGCUGGAAGAAGGAUCAAGAUCCCAUAAUGACAUUCAGAAGCAGAAAUAAACGAGGAGAUAUGAAUCAUAAAACACACAAAGAGCUGAUAUAUGGAUAUUUUGCAUAGUGUAGACAGUGUUUGAUGUUGAUGAUGUCAUUAAUAAUUCUGCAUUAUAUUCUUGAACUAAUUUAAAGAGUGAAAUGAAAGAUUCUGCUGUUUGUGUUUGGCUUAUAGAUUAAUAAAUGUCUUGUUUUAAUAAUUGAACAUUGUAUUUUAUCUAAAUAAAUGCUUUUUAUUAUUGAAAA